AAGCUUUUGUUCUGGAACGGGUGCUCUCGCUGUGAAAAUAACGCAAAAAACAUCUGGGACUGUGACAAGCCAACACCACCGUCACCACCUCUUUAUACAAUGUCAAGGUAGGACUUUAGGUUUCGCUUUGGUUUCCUUUAUUUAUACCAUAUCGUGGGGCUGCACCAGUAUUGAUACCGGUAUUGUUAGCUCUAGUCAAGUCAAAUCUAUAGUCAGAUUCACAAAAAACAUUUGCCUCAAUGGACCCUCACACAAAAACAAUGGAACAGGAGCUCAUGCCAACAAUACAAAAUAGAGCAGAACACCUUAAAAUAUUAAGGUAAAUGAAAUUAGAUCACACACUGCAAGUGUUUUGGCAACUGCUUUGGGAGAAAGAAAACCACCCCUUUAACAGGACAAAAUCUCACAGAAAUCACAGAAGAAUAGGGAAAAUAAAAUGUACCCUGGGAGUUCCUCCAGGAGUCUAGGCCUAAACCAGGUCUAACUUUGAAUUUAGAGACUCCCUAACCCCCAUUAGUGAGGAGCCUGGUAGCUAAAAGCUCUUUUGGUUCUUCCGUACUUGUUACUCAGGCGGCAACAUUUUAGAUAAGUGCGUUUUUUUGUUUUUUUUUUACAAACGUUUUAGGACAACAUGGCAGCAGUAUUAGCUUAAUUAUGUAAUAUCGGUGAGAAUCAGUAUCGGUUUUUCCUCCGAUAAUGAAAUCCCGAAGACGCAAUGUCUGGGUUUGGUGUGACCUAAAAUAAUUCUGAAGGUAAAGUGAAACUAUUAUUUGUAUUCUGCACAGUAUUGUCAUUGUGACACAGCAAUGAAAUGUUUACUCCGCCUUUAACCCAUACAGCUGCGUAUAUAUCGGUAUUGGUUGAUAUCGUAAUCGGAAAUGAAGUGUUUGGACAAGAGCACAGACGAGAGCACAGAGAAGGUGAAUUUGGAAAUGUCUUUUAAAUGCGAACAAAAUCACAAAGACAUCAGAUACUGUGUCACUUCGAAAUCGUGUACAGGAGUCAGACCUGCUGAGAUCUACUGUAACGGGUAUGAGUAUCUUCACCCUGCCAGUAGUCCGCCAUCGACAGCGGGUCAUUAUGAGUGGCUGGUUUUGCCGAUUCUGAUCGUUGCAUUGAUCAUUUCAAUUUGCAUCGUCAAGAAAUUCAAAAAAACAUCUCUUUCCAAAAAAGAGAAAGUGCUGUCAAGGAAGGCAGCAGAGAUCGAAAGUGGAGAUUAUGAAGAAGUCCACAGUGACGCAAACGAAAUGGAGGAGUUGGACAAAAGAACGUCAAGAUCACCGACUGAGAGUCUUACAGCCGAACAAGCUCGCGGCUCCCCCUCUUUGACCAACGGUAAAGAAGCCAAGGCCCAGCCACUGAACUCAGAGCAUUUAGAGGAUACUCCAAAAGUCAGCCUUUCAGAAAACUGUCACGGGCUGGUCAAAAUAGAUGGCAUAGAAGUGUGUAACAGUUUCUGGAACAUGGAGAUGUCACACAUGGUUUGCCAGGAACAAAAUUGCAGCAAUGCUAUUACUCCCACUAAAACCAUAGGUGCGAAAUCUAAUGCUGACUACUACCAUUCUUACCAUUUCCAUCAUGAGCUUGGCCAGUGUUGGAGGGUAACGGGAAUGUGUGGUCCUGGGAAAGAGCUGGUGUCCGUUAACUGCAUCGAACUGACCAACGAUGUGGGGGCCAGCUCAAGAUCAGUUAUGGAGAUAAGUUGGAGAUACUUUAACCCAUACAGCUGCGUAUAUAUCGGUAUUGGUUGA